AUGGUAAUUUGGACUCUAUUUUUUCUUCUACUAGUGUGUUCAUCACAAGAUAUUUCAGCCAAUCGAUCAGUUAUUGUCCAUACAAAAUAUGGUGAUGUGUUAGGAUACGAAACAGAUUUCGGUCGUAUAUUCUAUGGUAUUCCAUUUGCUCAGCCACCAAUUGGUCCUCUGAGUCGUCCAAUGCCUAUUCGUAAAUGGGCUCCAUCAACAAUUAAUGCAACUGAAAUCCCACCUGCCUGUCCUCAACCUGCAUGUGAUGUUCACGAUAUUCUGUGUCCUAAAACUACAUCGGAAGAUUGCCUUUACUUGAAUGUCUUUACCCCAAUACAAAACACAUCAUCAUUACUUCCCGUGAUGAUUUUUAUUCCUGGUGGCAACUUUCAAUUUCUUGAUGCAUCAUUAGUGAUCUAUGAAGCAGAUCGUUUUGUUAACACGACUAAUGUUGUCUGUGUAUUUAUUCAAUACCGAUUAGGUGUGCUUGGCUUUCUUGCAACUGGCACUGGCCCGAAUGAUCUCAAAGGCAACUAUGGUAUAUUGGAUCAGCGUCUGGCGAUCGCUUGGAUCAAAUCGAACAUAGAUGCAUUUGGAGGAGAUCCAAAUCAAAUCACACUGUUUGGUCAAAGUGCAGGGGCUCAAUCAACAGCACUACACUAUCUCACAAGCGAUAUGCAAUCAUUUUUUCAGGCUGCUAUAAUAGAAAGUUCUCCUAUGUCGGUUCCAUUCAGAACAUACGCAGAAUAUAUUACACCCACAGUUCUUCUUGCUGAAAAACUUAAUUGUACUAUUGGUGAUCUCGCAUGUUUUCGAACAGCUUCAUAUCAAGAUAUUGUUAUAGCUCAAACGGCAGUUAAUAGUAUGGUUACAUCGUUGAAAGCUCUACUCUUUUUUGAGCCGUGGCUUCCUGUUAUUGACAACAUACUUGUGCACGGUCAACUUCUUGAAAUGGUUUCCAAUGUAUCUUUUACAUUGAAACCACUGAUCAUCGGUACCUUGACCGAAGAAGCUUUAGGAUUUAUCUAUGACAUAUGGUCUACACCAGUAUCGCCUAGGCUGUAUGCAGAAGUUGGAAUUGCCAUAUUCGGUACUAAGUUUUUGAAAAUUAUUGAACGUUUUCCACCAGAAGGACCUGGCGAUCAACGUUCACUCCUGGCUCGACUUGCUACUCAAUGGAUAUUUGCUUGUCCAACACGUGUUUUUGCUCGUAAAGCAGCGACCUAUUCGUAUGUGUUUGGAUAUCCACUUCAGACGAAUGGUACAAUAAAUUCAUCUGGAUGUGACGGUCAUACGUGUCACGGCGAUGAAUUAGUGUUCCUAUUUGAAUCAUUCUGGGUUAAUUUAACUGAUGCUGAUCGAUACAUGUCUCAAACAUUAGCUACUUAUUGGACAAACUACGCUAAGAGUAAAGAUCUAAAUCAGCCAGUGCAAGCUUCUUUGAGAUGGCCCAAAUUCGUUCGUGGAUUUGAGCAAUAUCUGUACUUUCAAGACCCACUUCAAAUUCAAGAAAAAUAUCUACAGGGCGAUUGUGACUUUUGGGACACAAUUGGCUAUAAAAAAAGUUGGGAUUGA